GGACAAAUUUUUAAUUUUUGUAAACUAUGGAGGCCGUUUCAUCAAAUGUGGAACUUCUGUUGAGUAUUUAGGUGGUAGUUUCAAGACAAUUCAUGGUUUAGAUGUGGAUAGGUUUGGGUAUUUUGACUUAAAAGAAGAAGUUGAGAAGUUGGGGGUUGAUAAGUUUGGAAAACUUGUAUACAUAAUACCAAGGAAGGUUGGAGCAGACAACUUUAAAGAUGUUGUUGAUAAUAGUGCAGUUAUGGAGAUGAUUGGUCAUGCUACUAGGGAAAGAACAUUAUUAGAAGUUUAUGUGGUUGGAGAAAUUAUAGAGGAAGGUAACAAUGAAGAAGAAGUUGUUGUGGAAAGUGCAUCUAGGUCAGAUGAACAAUUUGAUAUUGAUUCAUAUAUAGAUAAUUUUUCCAAACCAAAGAAUCCUGAUGAUGUGGGUUUAGGAGCUGAGUCACAAAAAGAUUGUCUUCUAAAUGCAUUGAAAGAUUUGGCCCCACAUGUUGAGCACAGAAAUUUUGCAAGACAUGUGUAUAUGAAAUGGAAGAAGAGUUUCAAAGGAUUCACACUGAAAACCAUUUUCUGGAAGAUUGUGCUCAGCACUCACUUGUGGGACUACAACAUAUAUUUGGAAGAUUUGAAGUUUGAAGACCCAGAUGCUUAUGAUGAUUUCAUGGACAGAGAUCCUACCAAAUUCUGUAAGGCUUACAUUUCUUCAUUGUCUAGAUGUUAUAUGAUUGAGAACAAUGUGAGUGAAACAUUCAAUGAACUGAUUGUGAAGGGUAGAAGCAAGCACAUCAUUGAUAUGCUUGAGUUAGUUAUAAGUGAGUUAAUGAAAAGACAACAUGACAAGUUGUUAGGACUUAGUGGAUAUACAGAUCAAAUUUGUCCUAGAAUAAGAAAUAAGUUAGAGCACAACAAAUACAUGUCUAGGAACU